AUGGCCACUUCCACCCACUUCAUGUACAACCUCGAUCCGGAUCACAGAUCAUGUGUUGGAGGACGGAAGGUAGUCACAUGCAAAGGUUGUGCAGGGAAUGCCCCGAGAGAAACAAUCUGCCGCAGCUGCAACGGUUGUGGCUUGAACGUCUCCCCCUGCCCGCUCUGCCAUCCCGCAGCUGCAGCCGCAGUUGCCGCAGCCCGAGCAACGGCGGCUGCAUCUGCAGAAACACCGGGAUCCUCGGGAUCCCCAGCCCCGUCAUCCCCGGGCUCACUGAGUCGCAGCUCGUCUACUUCGAAUUCUUAUGUCGAUCCGAGGGUCGCUCGGGCGUAUGCGAAAUACGGUGAUGGUCGUGGUAAUACGAGCUGUGGACGCAUGGAUAGCGAGAUGAAUAAGCCGCAGAAUCCGAAUCCGUGA